AUGGUGCCCAAAGUGAAGAAGGCAGCCCCUGCCCCCACCAAAGCCAAAGUCAAAGCAAAGGUUUUGAAGCCUAGAUGUCCUCAGAAGAGCGCCCCCAGGAGAAACAAGUGUGACCGCUAUGCCAUCAUCAAGUUCCCCCUGACUGCCGGGUCAGGCCUGAAGCGAUCAGGAGACGACAAUACACUUGUGCUCACUGUGGAUGACAAGGCCAACAAGCACCAGAUCAAACAGGCUGUGAAGAAGCUCUGUGACAUUGAUGUGGCCAAGGUCAACACCCUGAUCAGGCCUGACAGAGAGGAGAAGGCAUAUGUCUGA